AUGAACAUGCAAGACGCCAACAAAGAGGAGUCGUACUCAAUGUAUCCGAAAACCUCUUCUCCACCACCACCUACGCCAACCAACAUGCAGAUUCCUAUUUACCAAGCGCCUUUGCCGAUGUACGGCUACACCCAGGCCCCAUAUUUAUACCCUACACAAAUACCUGCUUACUCGUUUAACAUGGUCAACCAAAACCAGUCAAUUUACCAUCAAGGUAGCAGCCCACACCACUUGCCUCCUCAAAACAAUCUUAGCGGUGGGAACAGUACCAAUAACAGCAACAUAAAUAAGAAAAAGUGGCACUCUAAUGGCAUUGCCAACAACAACGGAAACAACAGCAGUAAUCAAGGCGCCAACUCCGGCGCUAACGGCAUGAACUACAACAAAUCUCACACAUACCAUCACAAUUACUCGAACAAUCAUAUUCCCAUGAUGAACUCUCCAAACAAUGGCAACAGUGUGGGCCUGAAGAAACAGGCCAAUUCUUCCAACGGCAACGGUUCUUCGGCUACUUCUCCGUCAUACUCUUCUUACAACUCUUCAUCACAGUAUGAAUUAUACAAGUUUGAUGUAACUAAAGUAAAGAACCUCAAGGAAAAUUCAUCAAACUUCAUCCAAUUACCACUGUUCAUAAACACGACGGAAGCAGAAUUUGCCGCAGCAAGUGCCCAGAGGUACGAAUUAAACUUGAAAGCGUUAAACCUGAACUCCGAAAGCUUGGAAAAUCCAUGUGUAGAAAAGGGCUCCGUCCAUCAUCACGCAAAAAGUCAUAGUAUACCAAAACAUAAUGAAGAAACAAAGACGGAAACACACGAGGAAGAAGAAGAUGUAAAUGAUAAAAAACCACAUGCGAGCAAGGAUACUCAUGAACAUAAAAGGAAAAUAGAAGUAAAGAAAGAGGAUUCUAAGCAGGACCAUAAUGAAAAGGUUAUGCAGGAAUCUCAACCUACUGCUUUACCCGUGGUGGAUAAAAAAGAACCAGAGGAGCCUGUUGAAGAUGAUACCUCCAAAACAUCUUCACCUUCACCCUCGUCUCCAGCAGUGAAAUCCUGGUCUGCCAUAGCAUCAGAUGCGAUCAAGAGUAGACAAGCAAGUAACAAGCCAGCCUCCGGUUCGAUCGUUACUAAAACACCCACCUCUGGUACGACUGCGGGUGUUUCACCAACAAGCACAGCCGCGGCAACUCUAGGGAAAUCUAGCCCUCCACUGUUGUCCAAGCAGCCUCAAAGAAAGGAUAAAAAGUACGUUCCACCUUCUACAAAGGGCAUCGAACCACUGGGUUCGAUUGCAUUAAGAAUGUGUUUUGAUCCUGAUUUCAUUAGUUACGUAUUACGGAAUAAGGACGCCGAAAACAAAAUCCCAGUCCAUUCCAUUAUUCCAAGGGGCAUAAUCAACAGAGCUAAUAUUUGCUUUAUGAGUUCCGUGUUACAAGUUUUACUUUACUGCCAGCCAUUUAUCGAUGUAAUUAACGUUCUUAGUACACGGAACACCAAUUCAAGAAUCGGCACAUCAUCUUGUAAAUUAUUAGAUGCCUGUUUGACUAUGUAUAAGCAAUUCGAUAAGGAAACCUAUGAGAAAAAAUUUAUAGAAAAUGCCGAAGAUACUGAAAAAUCCACCGAAACUGAUACAAAGAAACCAUCAAAAUCCAAGAAUUUCCAACACAACGCCGUUGCCGAUGCCGUCAAACCUGAUGAAUUUUACAAAACUUUGUCUACUAUACCAAAAUUUAAGGACUUGCAAUGGGGCCAUCAGGAAGACGCAGAAGAAUUUUUGACUCAUUUGUUAGACCAAUUACAUGAAGAGUUAAUCUCCGCAAUUGAUGGUUUAACGGAUAAUGAGAUUCAAAAUAUGUUGCAAAGUAUUAAUGAUGAACAAUUAAAAGUUUUCUUCAUUAGAAACCUAUCACGUUAUGGAAAAGCGGAGUUUAUCAAAAAUGCUAGUCCUAGGUUGAAGGAGUUGAUAGAAAAAUAUGGCGUGAUUAAUGACGACUCCACUGAAGAGAAUGGUUGGCAUGAAGUAAGUGGAUCUAGCAAAAGAGGCAAGAAAACCAAGACUGCCGCCAAGAGAACCGUGGAGAUUGUUCCAUCACCAAUUUCGAAACUCUUUGGUGGACAGUUCAGAUCUGUUUUAGAUAUACCGAACAAUAAGGAAUCUCAAUCAAUUACACUAGAUCCCUUCCAAACAAUUCAGUUAGACAUUUCAGACUCUAGUGUGGAUGAUUUAGAAACUGCAUUCAAAAAAUUCAGCGAAUACGAAUUACUUCCAUUUAAGUCCUCAUCAGGCAAUGAUGUUGAGGCCAAGAAGCAAACUUUCAUCGAUAAAUUACCGCAAGUUCUUUUAAUCCAGUUUAAGAGAUUUUCAUUCAUAAAUAAUGUGAAUAAAGAUAACGCAAUGACGAACUAUAACGCAUACAAUGGACGUAUUGAGAAGAUUAGGAAAAAAAUUAAAUAUGACCAUGAAUUAAUCAUACCCGAAGAAUCAAUGUCUUCCGUAACACUAAAGAACCAUACUUCAGGGAUUGAUGAUAGAAGAUAUAAGUUAACUGGGGUGAUAUACCAUCAUGGGGUAAGUUCCGACGGCGGUCAUUACACGGCGGAUGUUUAUCAUAGCGAGCAUAAUAAAUGGUACAGAAUAGAUGAUGUAAAUAUCACCGAGUUGGAGGACAAUGACGUUUUGAAGGGUGGAGAAGAAGCUUCCGAUUCGAGAACCGCCUACAUUUUAAUGUACCAAAAGAGAAGUUAA